AAACCAGAGCAUGAAAAUAAAUUCGGUUUGAUUAGCUGUUGGCUUACCUGUCCUAUUCCUUCUUCUAGACGAAUGAAACUCGAUUGGCUGCAUUCAAUUAUUUGUUUGAAUGAAAGCUUUGUUUUGUUUGUGUUGUUGUUACGUUGAUUUUGCGUCGUGGACUUUGAGGAGAUCCAAUAUAGCACCUUGUUUCUAUUUCUAUUUUUGCACGGCCACGGGGGGACUUGCGGAGUAGAUCAAGAGAUCUGGAACUAGAAAUAAAGAACGAACACUUCAGGAAAUGGGGGCGGGGAGAAAAAUUUCAUGUCUUUCCCUUUGUCACUUGGUUGCAGCGUUAGCCUUUUCUCACAUGAUUGCUGUAUUCGGGGCGAAAAAACAGCUGCGUUUUGGGCAAAAUGGACAGUUCAAGAUACUGCAAGUGGCGGAUAUGCAUUUUGCAGAUGGCAAGACUACUCCUUGCUUGAAUGUGUUCCCGAGUCAGAUGCGUACUUGCUCUGACCUCAACACCACUGCCUUUGUCGAGCGCAUGAUUCGAGCUGAGCAGCCCGAUUUAAUUGUUUUCACUGGUGAUAACAUCUUUGGAUUUGAUGCCACUGACGCAGCUAAAUCACUUACUGCUGCGUUUGCCCCUGCAAUUUCUUCGAACAUACCAUGGGUGGCUGUUUUGGGGAACCAUGAUCAACAAUCGACCUUGUCAAGAGAAGGAGUUAUGAGGCAUAUUGUUGACCUUAAAAACACUCUUUCUCAAGUCAAUCCUGCGGAGGCGCACAUUAUUGAUGGUUUUGGAAACUAUAACCUCGAGAUUAGUGGGGUUAAGGGUUCCAGAUUUCAAAACAAAUCAGUUCUCAAUCUCUACUUCCUUGACAGUGGAGAUUACUCCACCGUUCCAUCAAUUACUGGCUAUGGUUGGAUCAAACCUUCUCAGCAGUUUUGGUUCCAACGCACUUCUUCAAACCUCCGGAGAGCAUACAUGAGCAACCCGGAGCCUCAGAGAGGACCUGCACCUGGGCUUGUGUACUUUCACAUCCCAUUGCCUGAAUUUGCAAGUUUUGAUUCGUCCAACUUCACAGGGGUGAAACAGGAAGGCAUUAGCUCUGCGUCUGUGAAUUCUGGUUUCUUCACGACCAUGGUGGAGGCAGGGGAUGUGAAGGCUGUUUUCACAGGACAUGAUCAUCUGAAUGACUUCUGUGGUGAGCUAACUGGUAUACAACUUUGUUAUGCUGGGGGCUUUGGAUAUCAUGCCUAUGGGAAGGCUGGAUGGUCAAGGAGGGCCAGGGUGGUGGUAGCAUCUUUGGAGAAGUCAGAGAAGGGAGAUUGGGAAGCUGUUAAGUCAAUCAAAACAUGGAAACGCCUUGAUGAUCAACUCCUCACUGCUAUAGAUGGUCAAGCCCUCUGGAGCAAGAGCCCUGCAGGAGGGCGUAGAAAGAAACAUGUUGUUGGUGCUUGAGUAAUGGAGCAUGAGAGAAACCAAGAAGUACUCGACUGGAGGUAGUAUGUUUUGAAUCUAGUUAGUCAUGAAUGUUCUGAAUGUUAUAAGGCCCUUUACAGAUUGAGACAUGUUGCAAUUAAGUCGGUCAAAACAGGGAAAGUAAAUUGCUGGACAAUAAAUGGAUAUAUUUGUCUACAGAAAGAUCAAAGAUUUGAUGAAUAAAAUGCUAUGCAGUUAUUUGUGGGCAAUGAUCAGUAAGUACUAAGCGGAUGCAGAGUUUUAGAAAGAUUGAAAUUGCUUUUUGAUGAAUGAGUAUCUUCACCUAAAAUUUAGGUCACCUAAAAUUUAGGUUUCUUGAGCUGAUUUGUUUGAUCAUAUGCAUGCUACUGCUAAGCCUGCCCUGAAUUCUGGAAUCAACUUGUGUAAAUAAGGUAAUUAAAAUGUUACAAUCAGAUAACUUGCAAGACAAAAAUUGUGUGGUUGUAGCAAGGCUGCUUGCGUGCAUUUCAUAAAAGCGGCCAUAGAUAACAAAUAGACGAGUAAUUGGACUUUUUGAUCUGCUCAUCUUGCCGCCUCUGAAUCAGAAUAUUAGCUAAAGAUUGCUGGAGACGAGUUCACGUUCCUUGACUAUAUCAUGUCUUCCUCUAUAUAUUCACCCACCAUCCAGUAAUCCAGCCUCACAAUUGCUUUCUACCUUUCCAAAGAAUUAAUCUUUCUUCCUUUAUCAUGGCCUCAUUCAAGAAGAUGGUAGCCCCCUUAUGCACGAUGGUCCUCAUAUUCUGUGUGUGGCUGUCAAUGGUACAAUCUGAAGGUGUUAAUCUUUGCCCAGGAGCAACUCCAGCUCCAGAAGAAUGCCCCAUUGCUUGCUUCCGUCCUGACCCAGUUUGUGGGGCAAAUGGAGUCACCUAUUGGUGCGGUUGCCCUGAUGCUUUGUGCGCAGGUGUUCCUGUGGUUAAGUUUGGAGAGUGCUAAACUCCUGGGCCUAGGCACUUCUGUUGACCCAUCUAUACAUAUUUUGUGAAGUCUGAAUCAUCAUCAUGAUGAUCAUCCUGCUGCUCAAUCGUCUAUUUCAGUGUCUGCUUUACUUUCCUUUUUUUUUUCUUUUAUUUGGAGUUGCUGUUAUAGUUGGCAUUCCUGCCAUGCAUACAUAUAUAUAAGCAUUACUAUUCACCAAUAAAAGAUGGGUUACAGUUUCAA